CUUUGCAAUUUAUACAUUUGAAGUAUCUAAAUAUUUAUUAUCAAAACAUCUUAGUAUGAAAAUAUAAGAGUUAAACUACUGUUCUACCACUCUGUGCACAAAAACCGUUAUCAUAUUUUCUCUGAACUACGUAAUUGACUCGCGUUCGUAACGGCCGCUAUCAUGAAACCUGGAGGUGGUACAAAGCUUUCUGCCGCCAAAACUGUUGCUUCUGAGGAUAAGGUCAGAAAGUCUUUGCACGCUUUGCAGCCAGCAGCCAGCGACAAAGAAAACUUAGUUGGUGGUGGAAGGAUGCUUAGGUCUGCUCUGCCAACAAAGGACACAAUUAAAAGUGAUGUUACUGAAAAAACAAAAAAUGAUGCUCCAAAACGCAAGAAAAUAGUCUCCAAGGAUAAGGCUGUUCAGACUGCAAGAGGAGGAAAGAUUAAGAUUGAAGUUGAAGAUUUAACAUCUGAAGCUGGACCUAGUGAAAAUUAUUGGGAAGUACUGGCUGAAAGACGACGGAUAGCACUUGAAGACUCGUUAGAAGACAACAAAGAGCUGAGCGAACGCGUUGAAAAAUUAGAAGAAGAAAAUCGUAUUUAUAAAGAAAUGUUAGAUGAAUCGAGAGCACUAGUUGAAGUUCUACAGGAAAUGAUCGGGGAAGAUAGAAACGAUAUAAAUAAUUCCCUGGAAGAUACCCUUUAAUUUAACAAUUUGCUAUCGGGUGCCCAAUAGUGCCUUGCGAUACAAACACAGGGAUAUGCAUCUCCAUAUUGGAGAUAAUAUAUACGAUGCACUCGUCAUUGAAAAAAAGGUGGAAAAAAUGACGAGUUGUAUGAUAAAAAAAAGUCUGAGUAGAGCUUGAAAUAGAGGAUUCUCAAUAUAGUUUUAGUUCAAUUUAAUCGU